AUGCUCGCCGAGGAUUCGUUCGAGCUGUUAGACUUGUUUCCAGCUGCUUCAACCUCGUCUGCCCAGCGGGUCGCGCUCCCCGCCUCUUCCCUUGCCUUCAUCGGACCACUCCCAGACUCGUCGCUCAUCCACCUCGCUUUGAACCAUCUGCGGGCUGGAGAGGUGCCAGACUACCUCUCCGACGAUGAUGGAGGGCUGAGCGAAAAGGCGCGCGGGAAAAGGCGGGAGUACGAGGUCGAGGAGGACGUCGAGGCGGAGGAGCAAGGAGGUGGUCCCUCGAGAGGCGCGUCGAAACAGUCUCGCCGCGUCUUGAUCGUCACACCGGAGCGGGAGGCACUGCGGAAAGAGCUGGCGAGGGAUCCAGACGUCUCGCUCUUCGGGCUGCGACGAGACGGAGAGACGACUCGUCUCCUCGACUUGAUCGACAUCCGCUACCUGCCGAGCUCCGCGCAUCUCACCUACUUCCUCGCGACCGCCUACCUUCCCUCAAAUCCGGCCGCUCAAGAUGCUUACGCCGAAUCAGGCGCCAAGAAUCGCCCCGAUCCGAGCUGCUUGCCGUAUGCACCAACGCUAGUCAUCCUGCACGACCCUUCGGAGUAUCUAGAUGAACCGGCGAACGCUAGUGCUGGCGCAGCCGCCUACGGCUCAUUCCUCGCUCAUUUCGUCUCUGCCUUCUCUGGCUUGAGCUCGCCCCCGCCUCGACUCGUCCUCUUCGACCCAUUAGCAUUUCCUCUGUCGACGCACAUCCUCCCAGCACACCUCCGCAGCAGCAGAAAAGGGAAGAAGCGGCCGCACGAUGUGGACGAGACGAGCAACGGUGCUCCUGUCGAGGCAGAGGAGCGGGACAUGAUCCCGUUGCGGAGGGUUAUCGAGCGGUUCUUCGACUGGGUGGGCGAGUCAGAAGAGCUGCCCUCCCUCGGCCUUGCGUACCAAGGUCGAGAAACGUCUGCCUUUCUCCUCACCUGCCGCCCUUCACCGCGAACCGCAGCUCGCUUGCCACCGAAGCAAGCGCAGUCGACCGGAAUUGAGUACCGCUUGCACCGGAUUGGCGACGAUGACCCGGAAGGAGAAGAGGAGGGUAGCAUGCGCAUCGAAGUCGUAACCUAA